GCCAAGUAUUUGGUCCAGUUGAUUCUAUCUGGUGCUCGAGUUUUGGGCCGUGCCUUUGCCCAAGCUGUCAAAGAAGAAUAUGUUUCAAGUCAAAGAGUUGCUAACGCCCGUCGAAACAAUGGGUCUGGUGGUCCUGAACAAAAUACUUACGUCCAAAACGCUGGAAUCUCACUAGAGGAAGCAAAACAAAUAUUGAAUGUCAAAGAUAUUCACGAUAUAAGUACUUUAAAUAAACACUAUGAACACCUCUUUUCCUCCAACAGUAAAGAUAAAGGUGGAUCAUUUUACUUACAAUCUAAGGUAUUCAUCGGUACAUUUUACAAUCAAUUUUUAAUCCAAACGUCUAUUUUGUUAGCUUAUUAAACCAUGAUGGACAAAAUUUUGUAUAACAUACCAAAUUUUAAAUUCUUACUUUUCAUUGUGGUUUUAUCAUAAAACCGAACCAUAUUUAUAUGUAUAUUUAGUUUGGUCCAAAAGUUAUAAAUCAUCAUUGUGGUUGAACAUUUCAGAUAGUUGCCUAAUAAACUUAGACAUUUUUGUACACAUUUGGUAUUCUAUAGUGCAUCAUCUCGAAUAAUUUGGUCAAUAGAAUUGUCGUCUAGAUACUUUACGUCUAGCUUUGUCAUGAGACACUAGUUAUUUAAAACUAUGCUCUUAUCAAUGCAAUAUCUGACUAGUUUUUUACUUUUAAUGUUCUGUUACUCUUAUUUAGGUAUUUCGAGCGAAAGAGCGUAUUGAUGAGGAAUUACAGUUUGAACAGUCGGAACGGCGACGAGAUCCAGAAUCUAGAAACAAUAACCAAUCAGGGACUUGAACAAAUGUAAAAAUCACUUUUUUUAUUAGUUCUCUGUAUUUAGGAAUUUACAGAUAAGUCAAUAUCGUAUAAAUUUAUUGUACAGUAUUAGUUGAAGAGAAAUUAAAAAUAAGCACGAUUAAUUUUACGUUGUUUCUUUAUGGAGUACCAUGAAGUGAAGAAAUUUUAUCGCUACGGAAGUUCUGCUGAAUAAUAAAGCUACUUUGAAUCAUAAACGAAUAUAAAUAGCUUCUAAUUACUGAUUAGAGUUUUCAAGUAACACACUUAUUUUCACAACAGUUUCUCAUUGUAAUUCACUUUGUCAUGAUACUUUUUUUCAAAUACAUAAAUUCAUACAAUGUAAGAAUUUAAAUUCUCAUAUUUUAAGCUGAUGUCUUGAAAACUUAACAGCAUACAAAGGUUUUUGUGGUCAACUAUAGGCUACGCUUAUCAGAGAAAGUGUAAAACACAAGCAAUUAUUUUUUAAAGUACGAUUUCUGUUAACUUAAAUCCAGAUUUAUACGUGUGAAAUUUCAAAAAUACGUUUAUUUAAGUUCUUGUUUUUAACAAUUCACCUCUAAGUUCAAGUUGGAUAACUGAAUAAAUAUUUAUGAAGACAGUAAAUUCACUCACUGUCCAUUCACAUAUUCUGACAUACAUGUAAGUCCGUUAGAUAACCGUCAGUUUUAAGGGAAAUAUAUUUCAUAACGUAUCUGCGUAUCUUUGGAUUAUUUCACAUUUGUUAUAUUAUAAUCUAUCGUUAUUUAAAUAAAGUACGAUAAUAUUUGCAAAAUAC